AGAAGGCUUCAGACCAUGACCACCAUCAUUGUCUCCUAUGGAAAAGAGAGGUUUGGCGUAGAAGAGUGCAAGUCCAUCAGACCCAACUACACCAUGAACCGAAGGGCAGAAAAGAUCCAUCAACUGCGGAAGGAGCUCCGGUCCCUGGCAAGGCAGUACAAGGCAGCAACUGAGGAGGAGAAACCGCAACUGGCUGAACUCCGGAACAUCAUCAGGAAAAAACUUACGACCCUGCGUAGAGCUGAAUGGCACAGGAGACGCAGGAAAGAGAGGGCCAGGAAGCGAACUGCAUUCAUAGCGGAUCCAUUCGGAUUCAUCAAACAGCUGUUGGGGCAGAAGCGCAGUGGUCGUCUAGUUUGCUCCAAGGAAGAAGUUGACAACUUCCUGGAUAAAAACCUGAGCGACCCUGAUAGAGAGCAAGAAUUAGGGCCUCUCAGUGCCUUAUUGGACAUACCAUCUCCCACUGUCAAUUUCAUCACCAGCGAGCCUACCUGGAAGGAAGUCCAAGAGGUGGUCACCGCAGCCAGAGCCAGAUCAGCUCCAGGACCCAGUGGGGUUCCUUACAAGGUGUACAAGCGCUGCCCUGAGCUCCUUAGAAUCCUCUGGAAGAUCCUGCGAGUGAUUUGGCGAAGAGGAACUGUGUCUGACCAGUGGAGGCAGGCCGAGGGUGUCUGGAUACCUAAGGAGGAGAAUUCCACCAAGCUGGAGCAGUUUAGAACCAUCUCACUCCUGAGUGUUGAGGGGAAGAUUUUCUUCAGCAUCCUCUCCAAAAGGUUGACAGGAUUCCUCCUCAGCAAUGCCUACAUUGACACCUCAGUCCAGAAAGGCGGUAUCCCCGGUGUGUCAGGAUGCUUGGAACACACUGGCGUAGUAUCCCAGCUGAUCAGGGAGGCGCGGGAGGGUAAGGGAGACCUCGCUGUGCUUUGGCUUGACCUUGCCAAUGCCUUCGGCUCCAUACCCCACAAGCUUGUGGAGACUACCCUGGACCGACACCAUGUACCCAGGAAGAUCAAGGACCUCAUCCUGAACUAUUAUGGGAACUUCAGGGUCAGAGUCACUUCUGGGAGCACAACAUCAGACUGGCACAGGCUUGAAAAGGGCAUUAUAACUGGGUGUACAAUCUCAGUUAGCCUCUUUGCCCUAGCCAUGAACAUGGUAGUCAAGGCAGCUGAAACUGAGUGCAGAGGCCCUCUGUCUAAAUCCGGCACUCGGCAGCCCCCCAUCAGAGCCUUUAUGGACGAUCUUACUGUCACCACUACAUCGGUUCCUGGUGCGAGAUGGAUACUUCAGGGCCUGGAAAAGCUCAUCUCCUGGGCAAGAAUGAGCUUUAAACCAACAAAAUCCAGGGCCAUGGUGCUGAAGAAGGGAAAGGUGGUGGACAAGUUUCGCUUCUUUGUGGAUGGCACAGCAAUCCCAUCAAUCACAGAGAAACCAGUCAAGAGCCUUGGCAAGGUCUUUGACUGUAGUCUCAGGGACACUGCAGCAGUCCAAACAACGGUCAAGGAGCUUGAGACGUGGCUAACAGCUGUUGACAAGUCUGGCCUACCUGGGAGGUUUAAGGCAUGGAUUUACCAGCAUGGCGUCCUACCCCGGGUUCUCUGGCCCCUGUUGGUGUAUGAAGUGCCCUUGUCUACAGUGGAGACUCUAGAGAGGAAGAUCAGCAGCCACCUCCGUCGUUGGAUGGGCUUUCCACGGAGCCUAUGUAGUGCAGCUCUGUAUGGAAAGACCAACAAACUCCAGCUCCCUUUCAGCAGCCUUGAAGAGGAGUUCAGGGUCUCUCGCACAAGAGAGGCCUUGCUCUACCGGGACUCCAAAGACCCGAAAGUGGCAUCAGCGGGCAUUGUGGUGCGAACCGGUAGGAAGUGGAGGGCUCAGGAAGGCCUGGAGGUAGCUGAGUCUCGACUGAGACAUAGGGCUCUGGUGGGCACCGUUGCAACAGGCCGUGCAGGACUGGGAGCCAUUCCUCAACCUCGCUAUGAGAAGGUUCGAGGUAAGGACAAACGCCAGCUAGUCCUGAAGGAGGUGCGGGCAGGGGUUGAGGAGGAACGGACCAGCAGGAUGGUGGGCAUGCAGCAGCAAGGAGCAUGGACAAGAUGGGAGGGAGCACUGGAGAGGAAGGUGACCUGGUCUGAGUUCAGGCAGGCUGAACCCCAGCGCAUCAAGUUCAUGGUCCAAGCUGUCUACGAUGUCCUACCCAGCCCAGCCAAUCUCCAUCUCUGGGGCAUGGUUGACUCUCCUGCCUGUGCGCUGUGUUCCAGGAAAGGCUCUCUGGAACACAUCUUAAGCAGCUGCUCUAAAGCCCUGGGGGAGGGCCGCUACCGUUGGCGGCACGACCAAGUGCUGAAGACAGUUGCUGAAGCCAUCUCCACCAUCGUGGCCAAACGCAACAGCAGCAAGCAACAACCUGGCAACAGGAACAUUGCCUUUAUCAGGGCUGGAGAGCAGCCGCAGUCACAGCCCAAACCAGCAGCCGGCCUCCUCACCUCAGCAGUUGACUGGGAUCUACGAGUGGACUUGGGCAAGCAGCUCAAGUUUCCAGAUAACAUCACUACAACAUCUUUGAGGCCAGACAUCGUGCUUUCAUCAGUUUCUUCAAGGCAGGUGCUACUGAUAGAACUGACAGUUCCCUGGGAGGACCGAAUAGAGGAGGCAAACGAGCGGAAGCGGUCGAAGUACCUGGAGCUGGUCGAGCAAUGCCAAAGAAGAGGCUGGAAGGCACGCUGUGAGCCGAUUGAAGUAGGCUGCAGAGGGUUUGCUGGCCGCUCCCUCUGCAAGGUGUUCACGCUGCUUGGUAUUACGGGGGCUGCAAAAAGGAAAGCCAUCAAGUCCACCAUGGAGGCAGCAGAGAGAGCCUCGAGAUGGCUUUGGAUCAGGAGGAGCGAUCUGUGGGCCAAUGCUACUGGGACACAAGUCGGGGCUUGA